CAGUGAUCUGUACAGUAGAGGGAGAAAGAGCGUCACAGCAGACGUUGAAUUUCCGCAGAAGAAGAAGAAGGUCCCACUUUGAAAUGUUGUCAUGAGUGGAACUCAAAGAAGUUCGUUGUGUGGGAAUGGCUGCAGUUGGAAGCGGGUAGCCAUCAGUAAUGUCGUGGACCGAUCAGCGUCAGGGGAAGGUUGGAGACCUGAGGAACCAGAGCAGAGAAGAACUGCAGGAGCUGCUGCUGCGACAGGAAAAAAUCCUCUCCAAUAAGAGGUUAUUACAGACUCUUCCAGACAAAGGGAAAAAAAUUCAAGAUUUUGCAGACAACGUGCGUCUCGCCAUUGAACAGCGCAUCGAAGAGGAGAGGAGGCGAGAUUUACUGUCUGCUACAAGGAGCGAUUUACAAUCCAAGUACCAGCAAGCUUUCAGUUCGCAACAACGUGGAGUCACCUCAUCAGCACCUUCAUACCAAAAUGAGGAAGGAGAGGACUCACGAGGAACGGAAAGCACACCUGAUUUAGCACCAACGAAGAAAGAUGCCACUUUAGAAAAACAAAUGGACACAUCUGCUGCCGAACCCUCUGUUAAAUCUGAAGAGAUAAAAGAAAGUGAGCUAGUGGAAGCCCUGGACAGGGUCCAGGUAUCCGAGUCCAAUACUGGAAAGUCCAAAGAAGCCUUUAACAGCAAAGCAACAACCAAUUACUUUCUCCAAAAGCAAACACCAAAGAAGCCUCACUAUAUUGCUGUCCUGAAUAGAGGAGAGUCCUCUUUACAUGCCAUCAGGCAAAAAUUCAAACCAAAUCAGCUGCUCAACAGAAGUGACGUUUCAACGUCAGGAUCCUCGUCACCAGGUGAGCCCUCUGGAGAUGCAUCGCCGCUGUCCGCUCAGGCCAGGAGGGAGCAGGACAAGAAACACCUGGAUGAUGUCACUGCGGCCAAACUCCCUCCUCUUCAUCACAAUCCUGCCCAACUCCUGACCCUUGAAGAGUCCGCUGCCUUACUUGUAGAACACACCAGAAAGCAGCAGGAGUUGCAGGCCAAGCUGGCAGCCCAGAAACUGUCUGAGGGACUAAAAAUGUCGGUGGGGGGCUACAACCCUGACGGCGGCUCCAUGGGCGCCUACAGAGAGGUGCACGAUGAAGAAGCACAGCUUUCCUCAGAGGAGGACUGAUCCUGGAGGACCAGCUGAGGAAACCGUUGGCCCUUUGGCUCAAAGAUGCUUUGGACCUCACUAUGUGGAGCUCUCAUGCAUCUUAGCAUGAAGGAGAUGUGGAUAGACUGAGCUUAGCAAACUAAAUGUUAAGUUAGGAUGAUGGAUCUGUUUAGCUCAGGUCUUCUCAAGUUCUGUCAAGAUAACAGCUUCAGCUGAUCCAGAGUCUGUGAGGUUAAAUCCUAAAUUGGUUUUCUAAGUUGAAGUUUUCUUUUAAAAUUAAAAAAAUGCACUUCAAGUUGAUCAGCAGGUGGAACUGACUUUUUUGGGACAUUGUGACUGUUUACAGCUGUACCAGCAGACGUAAGCUGAAUAAAAACAUCUGACUUUGUGAAA